UUAAGACUGACCCAGCCCGGCUUGUAGUCGGGGACGCGCGGGGGGAGGGAGCGGUCACGUGGGCAGGCGGCGGCGCGACUCUCGGCUCUGGGAGCUCUGGGCCGCGGCCUCUGGCGACCCCUGUCCCUGCCCCUUACCGGCAACCACAGCCCCGUGAGCUGCCGUCAGGUCCGCCCUCGUCAGGUGGCCCCGGACGCGCCAGGCUGGGGCCGCCUCUGAGCGCCCCGCGGGGCCAUGGACGUGGAGACAGCAGAGGAGCAGGGGGGCCCUGCGCCCCCGUCAGGUGCACCCUGCGGACCUUGUUGCGCCGGCGCUCCCGCCCUCGGGGGGCGGCGGGAGCCCAAGAAGUACGCAGUGACCGAUGACUACCAGUUGUCCAAGCAGGUGCUGGGCUUGGGUGUGAACGGCAAGGUGCUGGAGUGCUUCCACCGGCGCACUGGGCAGAAGUGUGCCCUGAAGCUCCUGUACGACAGCCCCAAGGCCCGGCAGGAGGUGGACCACCACUGGCAGGCCUCAGGUGGCCCCCACAUCGUGCGCAUCCUGGAUGUUUAUGAGAAUAUGCAUCACAGCAAACGCUGUCUCCUCAUCGUCAUGGAAUGCAUGGAAGGUGGUGAAUUGUUCAGCAGGAUUCAGGAGCGUGGCGACCAGGCUUUCACUGAAAGAGAAGCCGCAGAGAUCAUGCGGGAUAUUGGCACUGCCAUCCAGUUUCUGCACAGCCAGAACAUCGCCCACCGAGAUGUCAAGCCUGAAAACCUGCUCUACACGUCCAAGGAUAAAGAUGCGGUGCUGAAGCUCACGGACUUUGGCUUUGCCAAAGAGACCACCCAGAAUGCCCUGCAAACUCCAUGUUACACUCCCUACUAUGUGGCUCCUGAGGUCCUGGGUCCAGAGAAGUAUGACAAAUCAUGUGACAUGUGGUCCCUGGGCGUCAUCAUGUACAUCCUCCUGUGCGGCUUCCCGCCCUUCUACUCCAACACGGGCCAGGCCAUCUCCCCGGGGAUGAAGAGGAGGAUCCGCCUGGGCCAGUAUGGCUUCCCCAGCCCUGAGUGGUCCGAGGUCUCCGAGGAUGCCAAGCAGCUGAUCCGCCUCCUGCUGAAGACGGACCCCACUGAGAGGCUGACCAUCACACAAUUCAUGAACCAUCCCUGGAUCAACCAAUCGAUGGUGGUGCCCCAGACUCCACUCCACACGGCCCGAGUGCUGCAGGAGGACAGAGACCACUGGGAUGAAGUCAAGGAGGAAAUGACCAGCGCUUUGGCAACCAUGCGGGUGGACUAUGACCAGGUGAAGAUCAAGGACCUGAAGACCUCUAACAACCGGCUCCUCAACAAGCGGAGGAAGAAGCAGGCGGGCAGCUCCUCGGGCUCGCAGGGCUGCAACAAUCAGUAGCUCCUGCGACCUUGGGGGAGCCAGAGGACACACUGGAGUGGCCUGAAGCCCUGACCUGGAGGGCUCAGGGUCCUGUUUUUUUUAACAAAAGAGUUGUUUGUGUUGUGUUGUAAUUUGUCACUUGGAACUUCGGGAUGGGGGAACAUGACCCCAAGUCCUUCAGAAUCUCAUCCCAGGGUCAGGCCCUAGAGAAGGGCCAAAACCUGGGCUCCGGGGAGCCACGUGCUGCAGCUCCAGUGCCUUUGAUCACGGAGGCCUGAAUGCCCUGUGGCUGCAUCCCGCUCAGGGCCUGGCCUUAGGGUUCUAGGCCCCUCGGCUUCGGGGUUGGGCUUCCCUCCUUCUGUGAAAACAGCUCCCCAGAGGGUGGGCAGAUGGGCCUGGCCUUAGGAAAGGCAUCCGGCCACUGGUUGUCAUGGCAACCAGGGACAGAGUUGCCAGUCUCGAAUGCUGAGUGAGUGAGCAAGGGAGGGAGGGGGGCAGUCGAGGGUCUGCCUGCCUGCCUGCCUUCUUGGGGAGGCUGCUCUCCUUCUGCCACUCACCCCUCUCACACUCCCCCCACCCCUCCGUCUUUGGUGUCCCUGAAGGGUCAGGGUCAGUCUGCCUGGCUCCCUGGGUGGUCCAGCGCUGUGUUGCUGCAACCCCAUCCCACAGGGCCCUUGGAAGUCUCCUUCCACAGAGUGCCUGAGCCCAGCCAUCCUGUUACGACACCCCCCCACCCCCACCCAGAGUGGCCUCUCAUCUCAGUGAGGGGUUUAGGGGGACAGAUAUUUUUAACCCUUUUUUUACUUUGGAAAAUGUCACUGUGACAAAAGCCAGUACAGUUACCUUGCCCCCCUGCUCAUCAGACCCCAGGCAGGAAAGCCUGUCCUUAAGGGUUCGCCCCCUACUCUGUCCUAGUUGAUGGCAGGGCUUGUCUCCUGGUGUACUUUUGUGAGAGUGGAUGGCUGGAGGCAGGGCUCAGGGGCUCCCCCUUAAUCCAGGGCCUCUUUCUGUACUUUGGGUCAGACUCGAGGUAGUGGAGGGCUGCUGCUUAGAGGGUCUGGUCCUUUCUUUUUUGCCUGAGUCGGAGCAGACAGGGCCCCUCCCUUGCUGCUCCAGGCUCACCCAGCCCCACAAUGCCCAGGGAGCCUCAGGAUGCUGAAUGCCUGAUAUGGGCCUGGCCAAUGCCUGGCCCCCAGCCUGCUUCCUGUUUUCUCACCCUUCUCUCACUGGCUGGGAAACCCUAGACCAUGUCAGGGAGGACAACACUGCUGGGUUUUAUAUCCAAGUAUUGAUAAACAGCAUUUUGGCAUUUUUUUCCCUUGUUCCUAGGUUUCUCGUGUACACGAGUGAACAAAAGCAGCCCAAGGGCACGUGCUCAUACCCACUAGUAAUUUCACUCCUGCCGGACAGGGUGCUUCAGGCCUGGUAGACAUGCCAGGCAGGCUCCAGGGCCACCCUGGCCUCACCAGGCUUGGAGAGGUCAAGGGAGCAAAGAGAUGGCAGCUGCCCCGGGUCCCCAGCUCUGUGCCUCCCAGUGCACCGUGUGGGUGACACCACCCCCGGCCCGGUGUGCACUGGCGUCUGCCCACAGUGGCCACCCCCAGCUGUGUGCCAGCCUGCUGAAGGGCGGGCAGAGCGCCUGCUGCAGCACUGAGCUAUUUUCAGAAGCUGCCAGAUUUCAUUUGGCAGUGAGAGUGUCGGGGAGGGGAGGGGGCGGGACGCUGGAGACUGUCUUUUGACUACUCCAGCAACAGAGCACCCUCCGUCCCCCGGGAGCCCUUUCGGGCAGCCCCGAGGGGGGCCCGGACUGUGGCAGAUGCCCCAGCUUCUGUCCUCCCGGGCCCCCACGACCUCCUCUGGCACCCGCAGCAUUCCCUCCCCACCUCUCUUCCCCUCAGGCUGUAGGGGAGCGCGAUGAGAUAUUAGAAGGCAGGACAGGCAAGUCUCCUGAGCUGAGUGCCACUUCCUGGCCUGGCAACCUUGGACAAGCCUCCCAGCUUUCCCGCCUAGAUUUCCUCGACUGUGUAGUGGGGUUGUUGGUGGGGAGGCAUACAGGGUAUGCAGGCACAUGACAUAUGAAGCACUCAGGGGGGUCCCUGGUGUGUGGCUGGCCCCCAUUUGCCACCCUAGCAUCCUUAGCUGUAACGAAGGAGAGGAGAACCUGAAGUUGCUCAAGGGAAAAGCAGUCCAGCCUCAAAUCUACCUCUGAGACUUUCCGCCUAGAAAUUCCACCUUUCUUCAUCCAUAGGGCACUUACUCCCAAGGGCUUGCUCUCCAGAACAACAUUGUAUAGGCUUCUGGACCUUGGUUCCAGCCCUGGGCUUCAAGGAGGGUGGCCCCUCCUUCUGAGGGGCCCCUGGACUCCCCAAAUGAAUUCCGGGGGCCUCACAGAGCCUGUGGUUCAGACCAACCCUUGUCAUGCACUCGGCUCAGUAAAAUGCUGGUCAGAUGCGAAGGCAGGUCAAGUCUGUCUAGUCACAAAGCUGCAGCGGUACGGACCGACUCUUUCCCUUGACUGCUCAGUGCACACUGCUGGAGGUCCUGUGCUGCGUGCAAGAAAGGCAGCAGGGGAAGCUGAGGAUAGUCUCAGGGAGCUUAAACACGUGAGGGAGAAGGACACAGUACCUCACAAAUGCAUGUUGAAUCAUGGGCUCGAUGUGACCCACAAAAGAAAGGCAAGGUUUGAGAGGAGGUGUCAUUGUGCAGUUUAAAUCAAAGAGGCAAUUUAUAUCCCAGGGUCUGGGGAGGGUGCCUGUUAGGUUGCAAGGUUGAAGGCAGAACUGCAGGGAAAACCACGACCUUAGGGACAGAGGGACUCUGUGUGGCCCUCAACUCUGCCUGUCUGUGCUUCUCCCGGGGUCUCAGUGUGCCUGUCUGUGAAAUGGGAGCAGAUCCUUACAAUUAGCUGUUACUAGGUGAACUAAGAAGCCGAGGGGCCUCAUGGUUCACAUCAGCCUGUUCAGACACAUGCAUUCACAUGGACUUCAUGUGGCUUCCCUAGGAGAUUUCAAUAAAGAAUCGGUAAGAAGUAUAUUCACGUGUGUGUGUGUGUGUGUGUGAGAGAGAGAGAGAGAGAGAGAGAGAGAGAGAGAGAUUUCUUCCCAGUGAUGCUCCCCCUGACCCAGUUGACAGCAGCAUUCUCUGUCUUGCAGACCUGGUGCUGGCCUGUUUCCAGUGUCCUGGCUCAUUGCUAUUCCACACCAGCCCCUCUCCGCCCUCGAUUCAGCCCCUCCAUUGCAGUGUCAGAACUGAGCCUCAAAAACGCAGCUUGCCGCAACCUCUGCAGGGGUCUUGAUGCUUCCAGGUCUGCUAGAAGCUCUCUCUGUCUCUGGCAGACAUGGGAGGGGCACAGGUCGCUGUCUCCCUCCAGACCUGGCUGUGUUGGUCUGAGCCUUUGCACCCCCAGUGGAUUCUUGCAGAUGCCCACAAACCCAGCAGCAUAAAAUCCUCUGCUUUGUCCCUCUGGACAGCCUGCACGUUCACCCCUUGGAAUCGAGGCCAGCAGGCAAGGAACGGUGAGGGAAGCCCCCUCCCACCCCGUUUGUACCGUGGGGUGGGGUAAUUUAGUUUAGAGCCAGGAGAUCUCAGCUCCGGUUUACAUGAAGCCUUGGGCAAAGCUGUUUGCUCCACUUUUUGAUGUUCCCAUCAAUAAAAUGAGACAUUGAUUAA